AUUGAUUUAUGGGUUUGAGGUUUUUUCUUGUUUGUACUUCCAACAAACAGUAGCUGCAAUCUUUCUGGUCUCCAACGCAAGGAAAGUGAGCGAGAAAAGAAAAAGGGAAAAAAAAAUAAUCUUUCCCUUUUACCAAACAAAAGAAACGUUACAAAAAGCAUAGGAACGUGGGAACUCAGGAUUAUUUUCCCAUUUGGAUUCCCUCUUCAAACUUUGAUCUCCCUCUGCCUCAGCUCAGCUUUUCUUCAAAAUUUCAAAAACCCAAAAUCUAACUCUCUGUCUCUCUCUCCCACUUGCUCUCAUACGAGUGUGUUUGGGAAGGUGUUUUGGCUUUAUUGUGAACGCCUAUAAUGUGGGUUUGGUUGCCUUUGAGGUAAAGAUCUUCGGUUACUGUUGGUGGGUAAUUGGUAGUUUCUUAUUUUAUUGCUUUUUAUUUUUAUAAUAAUUUUCUUUUAAAGAGACCUUUUUUUUUUUGUGUUUGAAAACCAAGCACUAGUCCUAGUUGAUAUUUUUUUUUUUGUGGAAUAGGAUCCGCGAGGAAAAUAUGUUUUUUUUUUUUUUACAGUGAAAUGAACCCUUUUUUGAAUUAUAUUGGUGUAAAUUCUAGGAUGUACCAGCUUGUUGAGAGAUGCCCAUAUUGAAAACAUAGUGAACGAUUGUUUGUUUCUGGUGUUUUGUUUGCUUGUAUUAAAUGUUUAUAAUAGAAAUAUUGUUGCUUGGUGAGGUUGGAAGGGAUUCUUAGCUGAAUAGGGUUAGUGUGAUUAUUGACAAGAAGGGAACCAUUCUGCCUUGUGUUUUUGUGUUUCCCCUCUCUUUCUUUUUUUCAAAAUUUUUUCUUGGUGUGUUUUUUGAGUUCGGGAAAGGGAGAGAGAGAAGACCCCAUUAGGCUAUUGUGGAGAUCUGGGACUUGUUUAAUCUGUUAUGCCCAAUGAGGACUUUCUUUCCCUCUGAUUCAUGUAAAGAAUCACAGCUCAAUGCUAUCAAUCCUCAGUCUUGGCUUCAAGUUGAAAGAGGGAAGCUUUCCAAAUUUUCUUCUUCUCACACUACCUCUUCAUCCAUAGAAUCAUUUAUCAAGGUUCCUGAGCCACCAGUAGUGCCAUUCUUUAAGCCUAUUGAUUAUGUCGAGGUUUUAGCUCAAAUUCAUGAAGAACUCGAGUCAUGUUCUCCACAAGAGAGGUCGAAUCUUUAUUUAUUACAAUUUCAGAUCUUUAGGGGCCUUGGGGAAACCAAAUUGAUGCGGAGAAGCCUCCGCUCUGCUUGGCAGAAGGCUGGCACUGUCCAUGAGAGGCUUGUAUUUGGGGCAUGGUUAAAGUAUGAGAAGCAAGGGGAAGAACUUAUUGCUGACUUACUUGCGACUUGCAAUAGAUGUGCCCAAGAGUUUGGGCCAAUAGAUGUUGUUUCUCAGCAUCCAAGCAAGGUGAAUGGGAGUUCCCAGGAGACUGCUGUGAUGAAUGGGGACCAGAGCCUGAAAAACGUGAACUUUAGAAUUGGAGAUGAGAAAAUAGUUUGUGAUAGGCAGAAAAUUGCUUCCCUUUCAGCCCCAUUUCAUGCUAUGCUUAAUGGGUACUUCACUGAAUCACUCUGUGAGGACAUAGAUCUAUCUGAAAACAAUAUCUCUCCACUGGGUAUGAGGACAAUUGGUGAGUUCAGCAUGACAGGCACUUUGAGUGAAGUCCCUCCUGAUCUUUUGUUGGAAAUAUUAGUUUUUGCAAACAAGUUUUGUUGUGAAAGACUCAAAGAUGAUUGUGAUAGGAAACUUGCAUCUUUGGUUUGCACCAAAGAUGAUGCUGUGGAGCUCAUGGAAUAUGCCAUUGAAGAAAAUUCCCCUGUCCUUGCUGCAUCAUGUUUGCAAGUUUUUCUGCAUGAACUGCCUGAUUGUUUGAAUGAUGAACAGGUGGCAGAAAUAUUUAGCCAUGCUGAUAGACAACAGAGAUCAAUCAUUGUUGGGCAGGCCUCAUUUUCACUGUAUUGUUUAUUAAGUGAAGUGGCUAUGAACCUUGAUCCUCGAUCUGAUAAAACUGUUUGUUUCUUGGAACAAUUGAUUGAAUCUGCUGAAACUGACAGGCAGAGACUGUUAGCUUUUCAUCAGUUGGGAUGUGUAAGGCUUCUGAGGAAAGAGUAUGAUGAAGCUGAAAGGCUUUUUGAGGCCGCUGUAAGUUUAGGUCAUGUUUAUUCUAUUGCAGGUUUGGCUAGACUGAGCUACAUUAAGGGUCAUAAACUUUGGUCUUAUGAGAAGCUCAGCUCUGUGAUUUCUUCUGUUAACCCACUGGGAUGGAUGUAUCAGGAAAGGUCACUAUACUGUGAAGGUGAUAAGAGGUGGGAAGACCUUGAGAAAGCAACUGAGCUGGACCCUACACUUACCUAUCCCUACAUGUAUCGGGCUGCUUCCCUAAUGAUGAAACAGAAUGUUCAAGUUGCUCUUGCUGAGAUCAACCGGGUUCUUGGGUUUAAACUUGCUUUAGAAUGCUUGGAACUCCGGUUUUGUCUUUAUUUGGCUAUUGAGGAUUACAAAGCAGCCAUACGUGAUGUUCAGGCAAUUCUAACACUUUCCCCAGAUUACAGAAUGUUUGAGGGACGGGUGGCAGCAUCCCAGCUCCGUACACUUGUGCGUGAGCAUGUUGACAAUUGGACAACAGCAGAUUGUUGGAUGCAGUUAUAUGAUCGGUGGUCGUCUGUUGACGAUAUCGGAUCUCUCUCUGUAAUCUACCAGAUGCUUGAGUCUGGUGGGGCAAAAGGUGUUUUAUACUUCAGACAGUCAUUGCUUCUCCUCAGAUUAAAUUGUCCUGAUGCGGCUAUGCGAAGUUUGGAAUUAGCUCGUCAACAUGCAUCCAGUGAACAUGAACGCCUGGUUUAUGAGGGAUGGAUCUUAUAUGAUACUGGUCACUGUGAGGAAGGGCUUCGAAAAGCAGAAGAGUCUAUCAAAAUUAAGAGAUCCUUUGAGGCCUUCUUCCUUAAAGCCUACGCAUUGGCUGACUCUAGUCUAGAUCUAUCUUGUUCUUCAACAGUUAUUUCACUGCUUGAAAAUGCCUUGAAAUGCCCCUCAGAUAAUCUCCGGAAAGGUCAGGCUCUUAACAAUCUUGGAAGUGUGUAUGUUGAUUGUGGGAAAUUAGACUCAGCAGCUGAUUGCUACAUUAAUGCCCUUAAGAUCCGACACACUAGAGCCCAUCAAGGCCUUGCACGUGUCCAUUUUCUCAGAAACGAUAAGGCUGCAGCAUACGAGGAAAUGACUAAACUGAUUGAAAAGGCUAAAAAUAAUGCAUCCGCCUAUGAGAAGAGGUCUGAGUACUGUGACCGUGACCUUACAAAGGCAGAUCUGGAGAUGGUCACUCGAUUGGAUCCACUUCGGGUGUAUCCUUACCGUUAUCGGGCUGCAGUGUUAAUGGAUAGUUACAAGGAGAAGGAAGCCAUCGCUGAACUGUCAAAGGCUAUAGCAUUUAAAGCAGAUCUUCACCUCCUACACCUACGGGCGGCCUUCCAUGAGCAUGUUGGUGAUGUCUUGGGUGCGCUCCGAGAUUGUCGAGCUGCUCUCUCCGUAGACCCAAACCAUCAAGAAAUGUUGGAACUACACAGCCGUGUAAACAGCCAUGAACCUUAAAAACUUACUUUUUUUCUAUUUUGGGUUAAAAAUGUAAAAGAAAGAAAAAAAGAAGAAGGAAAUUAUAACUUAAAAAAAACAAGGAAAGAGAUUUUGAAUUGUAUCAUUACCGUGUAUACUAGCGAGUGUGUGCUUGUAGCAUCCGUGUUUCCUUUGUAAUUUAUAUCCUGUAAGAAUUUUGUUAAUGAAAUUUGUUCAAGGCUUACUUCCUCUGGCC